GAUGCGAGGAAAGAGGCCAUCGAGCGAGGGUGACAGACCACACACCGCCCCUCGGCUCUGCCCGGCGCAGUAGUGGAUGUCUCCUGCGUGAUCGGGAGGGCAGAGGCGAGCCGACCCGCGCGCCCGCCGUGCUGCAACGAGCCGAGCUGGACCGAACUGGACCGCCGGACGGCGGCGGCGGCAUCCGGCGAGGACCGACGCGGCUUUUGAGCCCUGACAAGACUGGCUCUGUCCUCCACCCCCGCCUCUCCAUCUGCGCCACCUUUUAAUGUUGUUUCACUGCCGAUUGCGAAGCACCCAUCCUCAUUGCCGCCAGGGUCCUCCCAAAUCCUGGAUGACACACGGUCAUGAAGAAAUAGAAGCAUCCGUUGUGGGUCCCAGCUGACCUGCGCUAAAUACUGGCCGUGGGGUGUCGUCGUUGGAGGGCCAGCGGAACAAGCGUGUACGUGAGUGAGAGGCGAUGAAGUCCAGUAUGAGGCAGUGGCGGAGGCUGGUGCUGCUGGGAAUGCUGGCCUGGGUUCUCCUCUUCCUCGGCCUCCUCUCCUACUUCCUGGACGCUCGUGUGAACGAGCCCCUGACGUCUGUAGGCUCUUUAUUCUCCCAGCACCCAGACACCCGGCGCCUUGCCUCUAUCCAGGCCUCCCACCAACAGCACGCCAACUUGGGCCCCCGACCCGAACUGGCAUCCACCUUAACUACAACCCACCCCGGAGUGGAGCCAGAGACGCGGCCCUCUGCCAGCUCAGCGACGCCACAGCUCAGCCUGGACAUGAGCCACAGCCCCAAGAGUGCCCACUACGCCGUUUAUGGCAGCCACGAGACCAGCCGCCCGGACUACCUGGACCCACAGAGCCUGGCUGCCUGGUCCUCCUUCGGGACAGAGAACGUGGGCUCUCAUUCAGACCCUUCAGUCCAGAGUCGCGAGAGGACUUCCCAGUACGAGAACCACAUCAGCACCUCACGCUACCGCGGUGACGGGGAGGAAGAGGAGGAGGAAGAAGAUGAUGAGAGGGACAAUGUAGACGAAGAACUCCGAAAGAGGACUCCAGCAGGCAGGAGGGUCGGCGACGACUCUGCCGACCUGGAGGAAUAUUACUUCUCCGAGUCGGGCUCGGUGGUGCAGCGGUUGUGGCGGGGUCGCGUGUCCGCCGGCAUGCUGAGUCCUCGGCUGCAGCGCGCCAUGAAGGACUACGUCAGUGCCAACAAACACCGCGUUUCCUACACGGGGCACCGCAGGGCCGCCCAGAGUGCCAAUGAGCUUCUGUGUCAGAUGAAGGAGCAGGCCCGGCUCCGGACGGUGGACGGGUCGGAGCAGCCCUUUUCCUCGCUCGGCUGGGCUCGGCUCGUACCCUCUCGUCCCCUGGAGCGACUGCACAAACGGCAGGACCGCAGCAGCUUCAAGACCUGCGCCGUGGUCACGUCGGCCGGUGCCAUCCUCCGCUCAGGGCUGGGGAAAGAGAUCGAUGCUCACGACGCAGUCUUGCGCUUCAACGCAGCGCCGACGGAGGGAUACGAGCGAGACGUCGGGAGCAAAACCACCAUCCGCAUCAUCAACUCACAGAUUUUGGCCAAUCCUAAACAUCGAUUCAACACUAGCUCCAUCUACAAGAACGUGACCCUGGUGGCCUGGGAUCCUGCCCCCUACACGGUCGACUUACACAAGUGGUACGCCGGUCCGGACUACAACCUGUUCGGUCCGUACAUCGAGCACCGCAAACUCCACCCGGACCAGCCCUUCUACAUCCUUCACCCGAGCUACGUGUGGCGACUGUGGGAUGUGAUUCAGGGCAACACUCAGGAGAACAUCCAGCCCAAUCCUCCCUCGUCCGGCUUCAUAGGCAUUCUCCUGAUGAUGGCGCUAUGCGAGCAGCUGCACGUGUACGAGUACAUCCCCUCCAUUAGGCAGACGGACCUUUGCCACUACCACGAGCGUUACUACGACGCUGCCUGUACACUGGGUGCCUAUCAUCCCCUCCUGUAUGAGAAGAGCCUGAUCCAGCGGAUCCACACAGGCCCCAAGAAUGACCUUAGGUGGAAGGGACGGGUCACUCUUCCGGGCCUCAGCACCGUCAACUGUGAUAUCUGAAGGAUGAAGCCUGAACCUCUGACCCCGAAAAAAAAAAAAAAAACACUCCAGCCUCGUCUGGCUGGUGGAGGGAGAGGUGCAAUAAAGCCACUGGAGACGAGGAGGCUGGAGCUGACAUGUUUCAAAUUAGAGACCUUGAAGAACAUAAGCCAUAGACCCCUUAGGGAGGGAUCAACAUGGAGGCUUCUGAAAGAAGUUUUCCAGAAAAGAGACUGGCAGGAAAAGUCUCCAAGAUGAAGCUGGACAAGACCUUCCUCUCUGCUUCAGCUGAGCCACGUUAGCUGUGGAGCUGACUAGGGUAGCAACAGAUGUUUUUAAAUAGUCAAGUGAAUUUUCCAUAACUGGGUGUUGCAGAAGCGUAAACUGUGUAUUUCAAUUCUUAUUGUUCUCCACUAAGAGGAAAUGAACCGGUUGAUAAUGAUUUGUGAUUGGCUUUUGUACCGGUUCAAAAGGGUUGUAAUAAAGCCACCAAAGUCCUCCACGCAGAAUGUCAUCAUCGCUACAGGCACUGACAGAUUCACUCACUUUCAAACUUGCAGAGUUAAGAACUUGCAGAGUGCACAUUGUAAAAGACCACAGGUUUGACAUUCCUCUGAUAUCUUCUUGUGAAAGUUUUUCUGUCCGGUCACAGGCGGGACGCCUCACUGCUGUAGUUGUUGAGCUUGAAACUAAAUGACUUCCCCGUGCUUGCCGGCUUACAACAGCCAGUCUGUCGCUCAUUCACGAUGACCUCUCGUCCAGUGUCAAGGAGCCAGGGAGAAACACACUGGUUGUUAUGUUUAUGGGUUCAUCCCACCUACCCGUAUUCCUUUUUCUUUACCGACAGAUUAGCCGAAUCCAAUUUAAUGGGGCCAAAACGACGUUCAGAACAAAGCGGCGCUGGGAACAGCCGUAGCCGUGUGCCUGUCGGUCGACUGAACACGUCCUCUGGUUGCCUUGUGACUGUUUAGGUACAUGCAGUACAUACUGUGCCAAGACUGCAGGGACAUGGAGGUAAUUGCCCUGAGAGGUGUGGGAGCAGGAGAUUCUCAGCUUUGUCUCAGCAAUCACCAUCCCCGGUUCUGACUGUCACUUUACUCUUUAUUGAAUGUAAUUGUACCUCUUGUGUGUAAUGAUGAAACCACUCCUGCGGCUCACCUCUGCAGUACAUGUGGUCUCCAGGGGUUAUUUCCUUGUUAUGUUACAGACUGAAGCUCGUUUCUUACAACCAUUUCUGUUUCGUAUUUCCUGGAUCCUCUAUUAUUGGUUCCUACCCGUCAGCAGCUCAGUGAAGACAAUUAUGAAAGAGGAAUUUGAACCGGUAAUAUCGGCGGAUUUGUUUUGCCUCCAGCUGAGAUGAUUUUUAGGUAACCAGUCAGUCUGUGCCACAUCUGCAGCAGGCUCUAGAGGUAUUUGUCCAGCGUGGGAAGGGAUGCCUGGUUGUAUCUGCAGGCAGUCCGAAAAAAAUCUUGCCUUUUUAAAAGAUUUCUUUUGCAAAGUGUGCUAUUUUAUAAAAUGUUGUUGUGCCAUUGGUUGUGGUUUGAUACAAGGUGUGAAAACGUGUCUCAGAAAUGUUGCCUUGAAUAGUCUGGUGGAUGGUGGAUUAGAUGGCUCUGGUAGUACGUGUGUGUAGAGGAGUCUGGAGCUCAACAUGCGGCUUAGUAGGGCUGGGUAUCAUGCAAUAUGUGUCAGUGCUACUCAAACACAUGCUAAUACAUUUAUUUUACAAACAAGAAAAACGCUUUUUGUAACACCUGAAUGCUUGACAGACGAAAACCUCUAUUUGGGUAUUUUACCACACUGGAUAUCUAGAUUUGGGAAAUUCUGCUGAGACUACUCUGAGUUGACACUUCCUUAAAUCUAGUUAAUUAACAAAAUCUCCUUUAAAAAAUGUCAGUGGACAAAAUAUUGGAAACCACAUCUCUAUAAUGCAAAAAACUCAACAGCACCGCAAAUUACAACCUCUGAAAUGUCUUUAUUGCAGAGAUUAGAAAGUAUUGCUUUUUGCAAGGUGGACCUGAACUGGAAACUAAGUGGCUGUAGAGAUAAAAUAAACUAAUGGGAAUGGCUAAUUCAGUGAAUUACAAACAUGAUAAGGAUUUCAUCACAUUGAUGCAAAAUUCUGUAAAUCUCAUAUUGCCAAAAAAAGCAGUUAUUCUCAUCCGUUUGCAGAUGUCAGUGUAUAAAUUGUUAAGAACUAGCUCUCACCGUUGAGCGGUCUCGUGUUACAUACAAGGGUCAUAUCUGUUUGACAGAUAUGGACACGUGUUGCCCAGAAUGCACAAAGAAAUGGCACUAGGGACGAUACCCAGCCCCACUUUCUGGUGGAUUAUUGCAUUGGCUGCUCGAAGAGUCUCUUAAACAAUGAACCGUGUAAAGUCAGAAACUGUUGAAGGACUGUAAAUAUGUUUUACUUUAAGGAGGUUUUAUCAUUUGUUUUAAAUCAUGCAGAUUUCCACCUUUUAUGUUUUUCUUUUGACAUAAAUGAUGUUUUAUUGCUUGUGAUUGUAAUACACUGAAGGUACAAAAAGCCUCAACAUAUUGUAGAUGUAUAUUUCUUGAUAAUAUUGAUUAAUUUCCAAAGCACAGAGCAUGCAAAUCAGGAUCAGGGCUAAGAGUCUUAAUCUGCUGUACCGUGCUGCAAGUAGACGCCAUCGUCAUUAAUGUUGUGAGGCCAUUAUGCUAUAAGAUUAUUUCUUUCUAGAGUGGUAUUACGAAGAUUUUAGUGCAUGCUUAUGGACAAGGUAAUCACAAGCAGCCGCGGUGCAGCUAUUAGUAGUUCCCUGGUGGCACCCGAUUUUGUGAAAAGGAUGUGCCAAAUUCCAUUUUUAAUUAGGUUUGUCAAGGUUGGUUGAGGACUGAUAGCAGGACCUCUGAGGUGCUAUUGUUUCGCUCUGGGAUUUCUAAUCCUCUUCAAGACAGCAAUUUUAUUGGCAGGAUUAAACGCCGGACAUAAUGCUGAAAUGUUUGCGUGUAAAGAAGAGAAACGUGUUUGCAGACACCAUUUAUUUCAUUUUUCUCUACUCUUGAGGCCGAUGUUUCACGCCUUGUUUUUUCCUAAUGUGGGAAUUUCUGCCCCACGCUGCCUCUAAUUGAUUGUUCAACAUUUAAGUAUUUGGACAUUUCCCUCGUGCAGCUUCCUGCAACAUAAGAGUGAAGAUCUUGUUUCACUCGCGACAGCCUUAGCGCGUUCUUCUUGGCUCUGAUUUGACAAUGAAUAUCUCUUCUUACACUGCAGUUCAUAUUUAAAUGGACCAUUUGUAUGAUGUCACCUGCUGUCAUUUGUCUUUUUUUUACCGUGUAAAUAAAGCUGUUGUACAUGUCAUGUUUUGCUGUUGGCGACUCACCUGUUUAUUCAUGAGGAUGUAGAUGAGCGGGUUGAUGACCGUGCUGCUCUUGGCCAGCAGUGACGGCACCACGCUGGCCACGGGACUGAUGAUGUUGGGUGGGCCGAAUGUCGCCAUCAUGGCCACGACGCCGUAAGGCAUCCAGCACAACAUGUAGCAGGCCGCUGUAGUCAGAACCAUAAACAGUAUGUGGUACUCUCUCCUCCGGGCUGCAGUUUUUCGGAUCCUACCCACCUGGGGAUGAGAAUCGGAGAGCGUUGAUGAAGAGGGGAUGUGUGUUCGAUAGGACCUCCCCUCACGUGUAAUACGUUUUUUCAAAGCAUGGCCGCUGUUGUUCGUUUCCGACCUUGUCAGAAGUGGGUGAUUUGGUUGGUUGUUAUUUUUUAACUCUUAAAGGUUGUAAAAAAACUCCCUGUUUGUACUUUCAAGCAUGUUCUGCAGGUUUCCCCAACAGCACAAACUACAAUGCUAAUCUUACAGACAGCAAGAUACAUUUUAAAUAAGUUACUAAUUUGCUUACCUUGUUUCAGGAAAGUGAUCUCUGAGUGGUUUAUUAGGGUCUACUAAAUUUAAACUGUCUGUACUUUUACUGGAAUUUAACUGCAUUGUCCAUUAAAAAAAACCUUUUUGUUACUAUUUGUA